CUUAGAGCCGUGAAAGGGUGGGUUUGGUCUUUGAGCGCGCUGUUAGGACAGCUAUUUGAAAUUAAAAUGGCGGAAAAGACGGCUGAAGUUGAGCACGGCUGCGGACGUGUUGAGGCAGACGAAACCUCAGCAGAGGUCCCGUUUUCGGCCCAGACUUCAAAAAGAUGCUCCUCCUCAAUCCCCGAGUCGGAACCUCCUCUGAAGUGUCACCGGACCGACUCGACAUUAUCUACCACACAGGCGCCAGAUCCUGGAGACGAACAGUCAGAGACGAUGAAACAAGAAAUGGAGACACUCAAAGAAAGACCCGUAAAUCCCCGUGAACAGAAUAAAUCCUGGAGGAGAAACACCAUAACCCGACGCUCCCUCCCUGCGCUUCCCAACCCAUAUGAGACUUUGUGCAGAAGCAUAAGUCCAUCGUUAUCACAACAAGAGAGACUUGAAAAACUGCUGGAGGCUUCAAUGGAGAUGGCACUAGAAAGAACUCAAAAUUCACUUGAGUCAUUUCCAAAAGCUUCACUGGAGACCUUCAAAAAGCAAGUUGAAAACAUCAAGAUGGAGUGGAGCUGCUUAACCAAAAAUACAAGCAACGAACCACACAAACUAUCUUCGAGUCAACCGAAUUGCAGUCAGCCUGCCGUGCAAAGAGCCAUGGAAAAUGUCCAGAAAGCAAUCAACAGGCUCAAGGCUGAAAGUGAGUCUUGGGAGGCGCUUAUGAACAAACACAAGGAAAAAGCAGAGGAACUGGAAAAGAAGGUGAAGAUGGGACAGGAGACGGGUAUACCUCUAAACUCCACGUUAAUAGUCCAGUCCUCGCAGAACUCUGUCAUACAGAGUAAACCCAACUACCACGAUGUCCUCUGUAGGCAGCGACCCAUGAUGCAUACUAUGGCCAUGAUUAUGGACACUCAGUGUAAAAUGAUACAGCAGCUACUUACCAUCAAGGAGCAGUCACAGCUGUUAGUCAAAAAGACCAGCGUCCAAUUAGCUGAGGAGGCCGGAUUCCAGGAGCUUUCAUCGAACCUUCUUAAGAAUCUGAUGUCGGCACCUUUGCAAAAGGCAACUACAUAAACAAUAGUUGAUGCUUCUGUACAGCUGAAUCCAACGAUUGUUAAAAAUGUACAUAUAUUCCUGUGCCUUCAUGUCAUUUUCCAGUUUUGUUGAUUUUUGUGUUAUGCCCUAACAUCAAACUACUUUAAUGGCAGUGGCAAAUUAUACAUGGAUUUGACCAGCAGGUGGCAGUGGCUAGCUACUCACAAAAUUGUAUUAAAGGUGGUGAAUUGCCUGAGUAGAUUAUUCUUUUGGCCUUAAUUAAGUGCAUUUUCAUCUGUAAAUCCUGAUACUGUUUAGACCAAUUAGCAAAUGUUAAAACUUUGCUGCUGUCCAGGAAAGUAUGGUCCCUGUUUUUGGUGUUAUUAAAUUAAACUAUAAUAAUAAACAAAAAAAAAG